AUGCGGGCCCGGGUUCUUGGGUCGGAGACUUGCCGGACCGUCCCGCCUGCGCAGGUAAAAAGCAGUCUCCACCUUCUCCCAGAUCACCUGUCCCUCCUGAAACAGUGCCCCCCUGAUUUUGAGGAUGACUUGGCAGAUUCCAGCCCUUCCCGACCCGAGUCUCCCUCAUUUCCAAGCCUUCCCUGGAAGAAGAAGCUGCGGGGUAAGGAUGAAGAAGAGGAGAAGAAGCAGGAGGUGAUUCUGGUGCAGGACUUGCCUCCUUUGCCCUUGCCUCCACCAAGGAUCAAAAGCAGGAAGCAUACGAGGGCCCUGCAGAAGUUAAGGGAAGUGAAUCAGCGCCUCCAAGAUCUUCGCUCCUGCCUGACCCCCGCGGAGCACCUGCGCAGAGGCCGCCAGAGCCCGGAGGAUGACGUGGUUCUGGUGGAAGGGCCCUUCUUCCCAGAGAGCCCUCGCCUCUUCCCACUCAAAAUCCGGUGCCGGGCGGACUUGGUCCGAUUCCCCGUGCAGACAUCGGAGCCCCUGCAGAGUGUGGUGGACCACAUGGCUGCUCGCCUCGGGGUCUCCCCAAGCAGGAUCCUCUUGCUUUUCGGAGAGACAGAGCUGUCCCCUACCGCCACGCCAAGGACCCUGAAGCUUGGAGUGGCUGACAUCAUUGACUGUGUGGUGCUGGCAAGUUCUCCGGAGUCCUCGACGCCCUCCCAGCAGCUCCAGCUCCGGGUGCAGGGGAAGGAGAAACACCAGACGCUGGAAGUCUCGCUCUCUCCGGACUCGCCUCUCAAGACCCUCAUGACCCACUACCAGGAGGCCAUGGGGCUCUCAGGAAGCAAGCUCACUUUCUUCUUUGAUGGGACGAAGCUUUCAGGGAAGGAGCUGCCGGCUGAUCUGGGCAUGGAAUCCGGGGACCUCAUUGAAGUCUGGGGCUGAAACACCUCUCCCUGGGGCGGGCAGUGGGGGUCAGCAUGGACUCAGGGAGAAUGUUGACCCCUUUCUCCAAGCCCACAGGAGCUAGCUGACUCAGGUAGCAGGCCUCUUAAUUAUGGCAACCUUGGGCUUUCUCUCCCAUUGACCCGUCCACUACCUGGUUAGUUGUGUGGCAUUGUCCCUGCCCUGGGUGCAUGACAAUUCCAGCCCCCUCCAUCGCCCCUCUCCCCAUUUCCUCCAUUGAAAUGUCUUCUCUGAUACUCUGCUUAGGUUAAAUAAGGGUUGAGUGUGGGAUUCCACACCUGGAGUUUACGCCACGUCUGGGCCAGCAAUGGCUCCUCUCAUCUUGGGAACACGGGGGCUCUGGCUCACAGGAGCACCAGUAGCCAAGCUCACCCAGGGACUCGCAGACAGUUGGCUCUUGAAGGAUGAGGCUAGUGGCUUCUCAUCCUGAUUUCUUAUCCUCACCCAGAUAAACCUUCUUCCAGCAGCUCUUCCUGGGGUGCCCUUCCUGGUACCGUCCUAUUAAGGCAUAACUGAGCAAAUGGCAGCUUUUUCUGGGACGGGUGAGAUCACAAUCUCUGGAUUGGUGGCUUUCUCCCCACUCGCCCCGCUCCCAUAACUGCCCACCUUAUAUAUUUGUUUACAUAUCUUCGGAGAUAAAUAUAUCUAUGAAAAACAA